CCCCUCUAACUGGGAAAAACCCCAAUCCUCUCCCACAGAGCCUCAGCCAGUGAUACUGCUUCCCGGAUGAGAAGGGCGGCCCUGAAGCCCAAAGCAAAGCCAGCCCCACUGCCACAGUCCUUCCAGCCUCCUCCCAGCUCCCCAACAGUCCAGACCCCCUGGUGCUCCGAAGGAAACGCAGGCAUUUGCUGGUCCUGAUGUCAGUCACGGUCAGCAUGGAGUCCGGCCCCUCUAAGGAAGUCACUGCCGGGUCUGCCGGCGACAUCGGAGAGAUCCACAACUGGACUGAACUGCUCUACUUCUUCAACCACACUAUGCCUGAGUGCCACACUGAGCUCAACGAGAGCACCAAGCGAGUGGCCCUCUUUGUCCUCUAUCUAGCCAUCUUCGUGGUCGGGCUGGUGGAGAACCUCCUGGUGAUCUGGGUCAACUGGCGCUGCUCGGGCCAGGCAGGGCUGCUGGGCCUCUACAUCCUCAACAUGGCCAUAGCGGAUCUGGGCAUUGUCCUGUGUCUGCCCGUGUGGAUGCUGGAGGUCACAUUGGACUACACAUGGCUCUGGGGCAGCUUUGCCUGCCGCUUCACUCACUACUUCUACUUUGCCAACAUGUACAGCAGCAUCUUCUUCCUGGUGUGCCUCAGCAUUGACCGCUACGUCACCCUCACCCACGCCUCUCCCUCCUGGCAGCGCUACCAGCACCGAGUGCGGCGGGCGGUGUGUGCAGUUGUCUGGGUGCUCUCGGCUAUCAUCCCGCUGCCCGAGGUGGUCCACAUCCAGCUGUUGGAGGGCUCUGAGCCUAUGUGCCUCUUCUUGGCACCUUUUGAAACCUACAGCACAUGGGCCCUUGUGGUGACCCUUUCCACCACCAUCCUGGGCUUCCUGCUGCCCUUCCCUCUUAUCGCUGUCUUCAACAUGUUGACGGUCUGCCGGCUUCGGCAGGCAGGAUGGCCCGAGGGUCGGCGCAACUGCCUGCUGGUGUGUGCGUACAUAGCUGUCUUUGUCAUCUGCUGGCUGCCCUACCAUGUGACCCUGCUGCUACUCACACUGCACGGGACCCAAAUUUCCCUCCACUGCUACCUGGUCCACCUGCUCUACUUCUUCUACGACAUCAUUGACUGUUUCUCCAUGCUCCACUGUGUCCUCAACCCCAUCCUUUACAACUUUCUCAGUCCUAGCUUCCGGAGCCGGCUGCUGAGCGCUGUGGUUCAUUACCUUCCCAAGGUCCAGGCUGGGGCAGGCAGACGUGCCUCUUCCUCCUCCUCCACUCAGCAUUCCAUCAUCAUCACCAAGGAGGGCACCCAGCCCACUGCAGCAGGCCCCUACCACCACUCCAGCCUGAACUUUCAGGCACCAAAGACUUCACCCAUCUCUGCUCCUCAAUCUCUUAUAGCCAGCUGAGGUAGAUUCCAGUCUCUCCCUCAGUGAAGCAGAAAGCUGGAGGUGUGAGGGAGAGAUUUGUGGGGAGAGGGAGCGGGGGAGAGGGUCAGAACACUCAUGGUCAAUUUCGAGUUUAUCUUGUAUCUUGAGGUGGGGAGAGGGAAAAGGGGCAAGGAGGGAUAAAGAACGUGUCCUUGGUGUUGUACUGUUUGUCUCAUUCCUUGUGUUUAAUGCAGUCACACAGGAAAAAAGAUGAAAUAAAUAAUAGAAACAGCCAUGGCUCUGGA